CCGGAGUCCCGCGCAAGGGCCGGGGACUCGGCGCGGCUGCCAGGCGCGGGGACGCGGGGUCGCGGCUCGGCAGCUGCCGGGCUCUUUCCGAGCCGUCCCUGACAGAAUAACGUGCGUGGCUGUCCCCACCCCUGGGAGGGGUUGCUGGUACCGCGAGCUGCCGCCCAGUUUGCAGCUCUCUACUGGGAGGAUCCGCCACUGGGAGGAAGGAGGAGAAUCAACCUGGCCAAGGCGCAGAAGUGGCUGGCAAGGAAGCCGGCGCCGGGGGCCGCCUCGUGUCCCCUCGGGGCGCAGUGCUCGAGGAUCCGCAGGCCGGAGCAGAGGCGCGGCUGGGGGCUCCGGGGCGGCUGGGCCGAGAGCCCUGCUGGACGCACUGUCCCCCGGGGUCAGCCGGGCUGUCCCCUGCGCCCCGCGGGGCCCGGGAGCCCCGGGACGCCGGCUGGAAGCGACGGAGGACUGCUGCCCGCGGGUUGCGAGCGAACAACGUCCCUCUCGAAAGCAGAUUCUGCUAUGACAGUUGGGUUCCCCAAGAGGUUAACCUGGUGUCCUCCGGAAAGUUGUUGACGAGCCGGGAGCCCUUGUAGGGGCCGCGGCAACGCGGCUCGGGGGUGGGGGGGCGGUCGUGGCUCGGUGGAGCCUGCGUGGCCGGGGGGCUUCUGGGGGUGUGCGCCCCCAGCCGGCUGCCCUCGUGGAUGCCUCCCGGCGGCGGCGGGCCCAUGAAAGACUGCGAGUACAGUCAGAUCAGCACCCACAGCUCCUCCCCCAUGGAGUCGCCCCACAAGAAGAAGAAAAUUGCGGCCCGGAGGAAAUGGGAAGUGUUCCCGGGAAGAAACAAGUUCUUUUGCAACGGGAGGAUCAUGAUGGCCCGGCAGACGGGCGUCUUCUACCUGACGCUCAUCCUCAUCCUGGUCACUAGCGGACUCUUCUUUGCCUUCGACUGUCCGUACCUAGCGGUGAAAAUCACCCCUGCCAUCCCUGUGGUUGGUGGAAUCCUGUUCUUCUUUGUGAUGGGGACCCUGCUUCGCACCAGCUUCAGUGACCCCGGAGUCCUCCCACGAGCCACACCUGAUGAGGCCGCCGACCUGGAAAGGCAAAUAGGUAACACUGAAGAUAUCGCAAAUGGCAGCAGUUCAGGGGGGUACCGCCCACCUCCCAGAACCAAAGAAGUCAUCAUCAAUGGCCAGACUGUGAAACUUAAGUACUGUUUCACCUGCAAGAUUUUCCGACCCCCUCGCGCCUCCCACUGCAGCCUGUGCGAUAACUGCGUAGAACGGUUUGAUCACCACUGUCCCUGGGUAGGCAACUGUGUGGGGAAAAGAAACUACAGAUUUUUUUAUAUGUUUAUUUUAUCCCUGUCUUUUCUGACAGUCUUUAUAUUUGCAUUCGUUAUCACCCACGUCAUUCUUCGUUCACAGCAAACAGGAUUCCUCAAUGCCCUUAAGGACAGUCCUGCAAGCGUGCUGGAGGCCGUGGUGUGUUUCUUCUCUGUCUGGUCCAUUGUUGGCCUCUCAGGUUUCCACACGUACUUGAUCAGCUCCAACCAGACAACGAAUGAAGAUAUUAAAGGAUCUUGGUCAAAUAAAAGAGGUAAAGAAAAUUACAAUCCCUACAGCUAUGGAAAUAUCUUUACAAAUUGCUGUGUUGCCCUAUGUGGGCCCAUUUCUCCGAGCCUGAUUGACAGAAGAGGGUACAUCCAGCCUGACACCCCACAGCCAGCAGCGCCCUCCAACGGGAUCACCAUGUACGGGGCCAUGCAGUCACAGAGCGACAUGGCCGCAGCCACACCCCUGCUGCAGAGCGAGCCUAGUCUCACCAGCGAUGAGAUACACCUCCCGGGGAAGCCGGGCCUGGGCACACCGUGCACCAGCCUGACACUGGGCCAGCCCACACCACCCUCCUCUAUGCCCAACCUCACUGCCGAGGCCACGCUGUCAGACAUUCUCCCCCUGAAGGACGAGCAUGGGGGCCACCAGUUCCUGACUCCAGACGAGGCGCCCUCACCACCCAGGAUGCUGGGAUCGGGCAGCCCUCUCACCCACAGCCGUACCAUGCACGUGCUGGGCCUGGCCAGCCAGGACUCUCUACAUGAAGACUCUGUGCGCGGCCUGGUGAAGCUCAGCUCCGUGUAACCCGAGUGGUGGCCCUGAGACCACAGGGCUCCUCCACAGGCAGAGGGAGCCAGCAGAGGAUGUGCCUGCAGCAGGGAGAUAACAGCCCCAGGCCUGGGAUACAAAGACCAUGAAGAAAGCCAAAACACCCCUGUCUGAUGGCAAAGAGCAGACAGGGCCCAGAUCCUCCGAGCUUAAUGUUAUUUGAAAUUUCUUCCCCACCUUGAGCACAUUGACAAAAAUGAACACACAGAGAAGUGGCUGUUUGCAGGUAUUUGGGAUCUGCAGAGUAGGCCUGGGGUGGAAGGACCCUCACUGGGUAGAGUGGAGCCUGGGAGGGAAAGAAGCUGCCUCGAUGCUAAGCUGCCCGGGUGCUGUGCCAUCUGCUGCCCUUGGGACAGACACACAGAAGAUUCCUGAUACUUGAGGCCAGACUGAAAUUGCACUCGAGUGUUAUGCUACUAAUAUUUGAAACAGACAUGCCAUUCCAUUUGUUAAUUUAAAAAAAAAAAUCCUAAAGGGAAAAAAAACCUGACCAGAUGUGGAUUUGCAUGCCACACUACAGUCUGUGUUACAGUGGUGUUGGUAUUCCAAAGGAAAUGCUGCUUUCUUUCUUUUUUUAAUUUUGUGGAUUCUCAAGUGCUGUUUUGUUAGAAGACAGCACAACAGACUGAGCCUAAUGGGCAACGCCAUCGUCUGCUUACCCAGCUUCGUUAGACGAGAAGUGGCGGGCAGCACAUGGGCUGCAGAGGGCUGCGGGUUCAUCCUGUCCAGGACAAGUUAACCUUCUGUUCUGUAGUUAGAUGAGGUAUUGUGUUGUGCCCCCCACUGCAGUCUUCACCUCCUCGUGUGAUGAACUUACCAUGGACAGCCAAUAAAAUGAUGUCCUCUGUUA